CUCAUAAAAUGGAAUUAAAAACAUCGUGUUUCGAUUUGUUGAUGCGAUGAUGGUAAAAUGCCAUGUGAACCUCCACAAGUCCACCUUUGAGUUUUGAUUUGUAUUGAAGGAGUGGGAUCAAAACGUGGUUCUCAUAUGCAUGUCAUGGUGACUUUCAACGUGGAAACUGACCUAGACAUCGCCAACGGUUCUCGAGGCGAAAUAACGAAAAUCGUUCUUGAUGAACGUGAAACAGAUUUCUUGCCAACAGCUGCAAUUGUGGAACUGACAUAUCCACCAGCAUAUGUUCUUAUUAAGCUGAACCGUAUGAAAGCGGUUCAGCUUGAAGGUCUGGAGAAGAACAUAAUACUGUUAGUUCCAAUGGAGCACACGUUUACCGUUAUCCACGGAAAUCACCUGAAAUCCAUAAGAAGACGGCAGCUGCCUCUCACACCAGCAUACUUGUUCACGGACUAUCGGUCACAAGGUCAGACCAUCAAUAACGCCAUUAUAGACAUUGCGACACCACCUACCGCGGGGCUUACUCCAUUCAAUGUCUAUGUCGCACUAUCGCGAGCUCGUGGCCAAGACAGAAACAUUUGA